AUGAGUGAGUUAAUUAGUUCGUGGUUAAAUGAAGAUAUGGAAUCACUAAAUGAUUCGUGUAGUGAUGAUAGUGAAAAUGAUGAAAAUACAAUAUCUGUAGAACGGCAUAAUCAAGAAAACUACGAGAGCGACGAACCUACCGAAAACACUAGCGAGGAAUCAGAACCUGACGAUGAAGGUGAGAAUGAAUACUACUUGGGCAAGGAUAAAAUUACCAAAUGGAAAAAAAAUCCACCUCCACGCAAUACCCGUACUGCUCAUUGCAAUAUAAUUACUCAUUUACCGGGAGUGAAACCUCAUGCGCGAAAUGCAAAAACAAUUAUAGAAUCUUGGUCACUUUUCUUUCCAGACAACGUUAUUCAAGAAAUUGUUACAUGUACUAAUAUCUAUUUGACCAAAAUUAGAAUAAAUUAUGGUAGGGAACGAGAUGUCUUGGAUACGAGUGUAGUAGAAAUACGAGCGUUGUUCGGUCUUUUGUACAUAGCUGGUAUGAUGAAAAGUAAUCAUCUAAAUUUGUCGGAUCUUUGGUCAAAUGAUGGGUUAUCUCCGGAGUAUUUUAGAGCUGUUAUGUCAAAAACGCGUUUUUAUUUAUUAUUACGAGCACUAAGGUUUGAUAAUAUAAAUACUCGCAGUGAAAAAAAAAAAUUUGAUAAAUUAGCACCUAUUCGAACUAUUUUUGAUGAAUUUGUUGAUCGCUGUAAAUUAAAUUAUACUGUCGGGGAAUAUUGUACCAUUGACGAGAUGCUUGAAGGUUUCAGAGGGAAAUGUAGUUUUAGGCAAUAUAUCCCUAACAAGCCCAACAAGUAUGGUAUAAAAACAUUUUCACUCGUAGAUGCUCGUUUAUUUUACACAACAAAUAUGGAGGUUUACGUAGGGAAACAACCUAAUGGUCCUUAUAAUCAAGGUAAUAGUGCAUCAAGUAUUGUCAAGAGGAUGAUUUCUCCAAUUUCAAAAACGGGUAGGAACUUGACCAUUGAUAAUUGGUUUACAUCUGUUCCAUUGGCCGUUGACCUGUUACAAAAUCAUAGAAUAACUAUGGUUGGGAGUUGGGACAAUUAG